AUGUCUCACUCAGCACCCAACGGUCGGAUAGCGAUGAUUGGCACCAUGGAUUCCAUUCGACCCAAUCAUCUCGAAAGCCUUGCGGCCUUCACUACAAUUUUCAUUCCAGUCAAAAUAAAAGAUUCGCACUGGGCACUCGCUGUGUUACAUCCAGGCUCUCUCGGACAACAAGGACGUUCUGAGGUCUAUGACAGCCACGAGCGGUGGGCCACCAAAACGAUGACUACGAAAAAUGUCUUUGACCUCCUCAAAUACCGACUAGGCAAUGCGUAUAGCCCUAUGGAUUGGACAGUGACCGAACAGCAGUGCAGCCAGCCACAGCAGCAUGACGCUGAUAGUGCCUUGUACGUACUCGCAAACGCGAAAUCUAUUGUGUUGAAUCUGGGAAUGAUCAGAGUGGACACCCAUCGAAUAAGGACACGCUUGAGAUGGCAAUUUGCAGAGGAGCUUGUGAAGCAAUAUAUUGUCGUGACAUUUUGA